GUCCUCAUACUGUAUUGUCGAUCAUGGCCUAUAAUCGUGAAUGGGACAGAGGUAAAGACCAGUGGGGUGAUACAGGAUCUUGGAAUGAAGCGGGCGGCAGAGGAAAUAUCAGAGGACGAGAAGACGACUACUAUGGCGAGGGAAAGCGACGGAAGUUCAAUGACGGCGGUCAUGGCAAUUCGUCUCGAUCAUAUGAUGAAGGGGUCUCUGAUAACGCCUGGGGGCAGCCCGAGGAGUACUACGACGACCGCUCGCAGAAGGGCCACGCAAGGAAGCGCCUUAUGCCUAGUGAAGCAAGUCCUCAUGUCAUUUUCCUCGGACUCGAUCCAGAUUUCACCGAGGCGGAUCUUCAAGCGUAUCUAGCAAAUCAGGGCUUCGCGGUCGAGUCGGUCACCAUCAUUCGAGAAAGAUCAACAGGCACUUGCCCAUUCGGCUUUGGUUUUGCCCAGUUCGCGACUGUGGAACAUGCCCGUGCCUUCGUCGGCCCGUCAUUCCCUUUCAUUCAAGUGCCUCCACCGGCAUCUCACGGGGCUUCAGCCACGGCGGCUUUCUACAAGGCGGUCCAGACAGGAGCACCACAUACGGGGCGACGAGUCAAGAUUGACUAUUCUCAGAGCGCUAACCCUGCGGAGAAGGGACGUCGUGGCCCCAUUCAAUCGAAUGAUGGAACUCGCGAUAUCGGCAACAGCCAGUUUCCCGUCCUGUUGUUUCGAGGAUUAGAUCCUUUGUCAGGACCGCAGGCUAUAUCAAUCGCAAUGAAGACUUCAUCUGGAAUCGGUAAAGAGGGCGCCAAAGGGAUGAAGCGAAUCAUCUUGAUCAAAGAUCGUGUGACAAUGGCCAGCUGGGGCUUUGCUUUCGUCGAAUUCGUUAACGUGCAGUGCGCAUCAGCUGUGCUUGCGGCUACCAUGUCUUCACAGCUACAUCCGAACGGCUUUCGAAUAUCCGACAAGGCCGUCGCUGCUUCUUUCGCCCACCCAGACUCAUUCCAGCCUGUUGAUCCUAUGCGACGCGACGAGGCGGCGAUUCCCUCGACGAAUGUCCUUGGAGGAUCGGAAGGCGGCUGGGUGAGGUACUGGGACGAAGCAUCGACCGUGGCUGUCUUGGAUUUCAAGGUCGAAGAGCCACCCAAACCUGCUGCACCGACGGAGAAGAAAAAGGAGAAGAAGAAAACCAAAGCCGAUGCUGCAGGCGCCUCUAAGAAUAAUGUGCUUGCCGAGGCGUCGGUCCUCCCUGUUUCCGACAAACCCGUGACUCUGAGCUUUAACAAAGCCGGGUUAUCGUUGAACAAAGGCUCUUCGAGCACAGCAGUGAAAACACCUGCACCUCUUGCUCUUGGCUUCUCAAUGACGGAAGCGGCAGACGACGACGAAGGAGAGGCAGCGGAGACUGCGGCCAACCAAGAUCUCAAGGUGACUGCUACCAAAAAGGUUGCUCCUAUGAUUGCAAGUAAGAAGACAGCAAACAAUAUCAGCAAAUGGAAUCAAGUGCAAGAAGAACUGAGCACGUCGACACCUGUGGCGUCCAGCUCGACUGCAACCGUAGUACCCAAUGUUGAACCUGCCCCCGUUGCCACAGCUGUGAGAGCAAAGUCCGCUACUCCAGGCCCCCCGGAUGGAGAUUUCGAAUUUGCCGACACGACGAAGAUCGCUUGCCUGUUGUGUGCACGCCAAUUCAAGCAUCUAGACCAGCUCAAGAGGCAUAAUAAGGAGUCUGACCUGCACAAGAAAAAUUAUAAGGACGCUUCUCUGCGAGAGGUCGCUCGAGGGAAAGCGGCGGCACUUAGGCAGGCGGCGUCUGGCUCGGCCUCCACCUCGUCAGAGCCGAAAUACCGCGAUCGUGCUGCAGAACGGAGGAUCAUUUACAACCAGCCUGAGGCGCCACUGCCGGAGAAUAUGGCUAAUCCGCACGUCAAAAAGGCUAGAUAUGCGGAAGGCCCUCCGCCACCGAAGGCAGUCACUCCACCAGCACAGGUGCUGAAUCCGGGUCAGGACGAGAAUAACGUAGGAAAUCGCUUGCUCAAGAUGAUGGGAUGGACGGAAGGGUCUGGGUUGGGCGCUGAUGGAGAGGGUCGAGUCGAGCCUAUACAAACUGCGCUGUAUGAGCAAGGUGUCGGACUUGGGGCCAGCAAAGGCAAGGAUAUUACACAUCUAACUGAAGGGUAUGCAGGCUAUGUGAAUGCUGCUAAAGAUGCGGCUCGGGAGCGAUACGGGAGUUGAAUUCAUGGGUUCUCUUCCGGCUGUUCUUGGCUCAGGAUUCGUCAAGUCAAGAUCAUCUAGCAUAUUGUUAUUGUCUGCACCAUACAUUUUCUAUCCUAUGGACUUAUCACUCUGUGCGACUGCGUCGAGG